CAGAGUCUUGCGGAGCUCAAUGUUUCAUGGUGCUCCUUGCAAUACGUACGCGUGUACUCCGAAGCAAAACGUUACCAGCUGUCUCGUUGCGGAGGAUUGGGACUGAUCUUCGUGCCCGUGACGGAAUCUCGACUGGUUGGGUUUAAAAAGCGACAAGAGAUCUUCAACGAGAGAAGUCCAGAUAGCGAGAAGUCCGGCUGCGACCUUUUUUCGCGUGCAAACGCUCUCGUGGAAUCUCUAAGGGAGUAGGGUGGUAAGAGAGCGUCAGGGGAUUUCGGAAGGAGUCGCGAAAUGAGUGUCGAGGACGCCAUCAAUUACUCUCCCAGCGAGGAGGAGGACUAUUACGCUCUGUUAUCUUGCGACGAGUCUUCCACGGUCGAGCAGAUUACAGCGGAAUACAAGGUAUUAGCUCUUCAGUAUCAUCCGGAUAAAAACGAUGGUGACAAGGAGGCCGAAAAGAAAUUUCAACAAUUAAAGUAUGCAAAAGAAGUUCUAUGCGAUCCUGAAAAGAGAAGCAAUUAUGAUAAAUGGCGGAAUAGUGGUAUCAAAAUCAGUUACAAACAAUGGGUCGGCAUGAAGGAACAUGUGCAGCAGACUAUGCAUUGGAGCACACCGAAGACAAAGGACAGAAUGUUGCCGGACGCGACCGAAGAGGCAAGUGGUUCACCAGCUCACCUCAAAGGUCACCCUACAAAUGCGCACAGGAGGGCUUCAGAGGGUGGUGCCAUGAAUCUCUACUAUCGUUCGGGCCAUGGCGUCCCGUUCUAUCAGGAGUCUAACGAGGUUGUCAGUAAGUUUCGCAAUUACGAGAUUUAAAAGGUCUCCAAUGUAAUUCUCAGAACCGAUUCCAUUAUACCGGAUGCCCUUAUAACAACAGGAACAUGUUGCAUUAGACAAAUAUCUACCUGUAUAUGAGUGUACGAGGCGUUGGUCGGAUCGCGUUGGCGUGUGCAUACAUCUAUAUACCUUAUAAAAUAGCGAGUUGAGAUAGACGCAUCUCUUCUCUUCGUCGCUCCUCGUCAUCGAGCAAUUUAUCAUGUUUCUUUCUACCCCGUUUACAUGCGAUCUUGCAAUCAAAAGACUUUUAUUGUUGUUGCGUCACUCCUAUUAAACUGCGAACGUGAUGGUCUAUCAUCAAUAUAACGUCGACAAAAUAAACGAAGAUAUUUUUUCGAGAAGACUUCGCGGAAGCAAUAAAUCUUUUUAUUGUACAUUUUUCUAUUUUUUCAAUUUGGGUCAGACGCUUCGCGAAUUGUUUUUUCGUCAUUCAAGGAUGCAUGCCAACUCGAUGCAACAAUCACCUUGGUACACGUGUAUGUACGUGCUCGCGAUUGUGCGUACGUAUGUGUCGCCUUCAGAUUUAUAUUUUGUUAUACUAUACUAAGCACGACGAGAGGAAAGAAUCGAGGAAUGCGGAUGGAGGACGUUUGGUAUUAUUUAAAUUCCCUUUCUGAAGUUUCCCGAUUAAACGUCCGACUAAAUAUUAUAAAUCGAGCUUCUCUCGAUCGCGCAUUCUAUAUGUGUCUCUUGAUCUUAUGAGAUGUUUAGCAAUAAGAGUUAAACGAUGUAGUGUCAAGGGCAGUAUAUAGUUUUAUCUGUGAUCCCGCGAAUGAAUUUUCCGCUAGUGGUUAAC